AAUCGACCUUAAAGCCAUUCAAACAAUAAUAUUCUGCGCCCGCGCUCGCAGUCUGCGAGUGGCUGUGAUCACGAACUGUCGUACUAGUUAUCAUCACCAUCGAUCAUGUUAGGUUGCAAGUCGCGGCGGUGGUGUUUGGUGGGCAGCGUGUUGGCGGCGCUGGUCGCGGGCGCGCUGGUGGCCGUGCUGGUGCUGCAGCCGUGGGCCGGCCAAAACCACCCGCGCUUCCCGCGCGCUGCCGUCGCCGCCAAUGGCUACGAAUGUGCUUCUAUUGGACGUAAAAUCCUGGAAAAAAAUGGCUCUGCCGUGGAUGCAGCGAUAGCAACAUUAUUCUGUGAGGGUGUCGCGUGCGCACAAUGCAUGGGGCUCGGCGGUGGAUUCCUCGCCACGGUGUACGACGCGCAAACUGGGCAGGUACGCGUGAUCAACGCGCGCGAGAGAGCACCAGCCGCGACUCACGAGAAAAUGUACGUCAACGCGUCGUCCACUGUCGGCGGCCUCGCCAUCGCCGUCCCAGGAGAGCUAGUAGGCUACGGCGAACUCCAUCGAGCUUACGGAUCUCUCUCAUGGCAAGAACUCGUCGCGCCUACCGCCGAGCUCUGCCGAGAUGGCCAUCGCGUCAACGCCUACAUGGGACGAGUGCUCAGGACCUACAGCGACCGGAUCAAAGCCGAGCCCUCAAUGCGGGAGGUGUACGUGAACGCGGCGACUGGCGAGGUGUGGAACGAGGGCGAUAUAAUAACACAACCAACAUUGGCCAAAACGUUGGAUAUAAUCGCCGAGGAGGGCCCACUGGCGAUACACAACGGUUCUCUUACCAAGCAGCUCGUGCGCGAUAUCCAGAAUUUCGGCGGUAUAAUUACAGAAGAAGACCUUAUGAACUACAGGGUAGAGUGGCAAGAUCCUAUCGAGGUGCCGUUAACGGACGAAUACACGCUGUACUCAGUACCGCUGCCCGGGUCAGGGUCAGUUCUGGCUUUUAUGCUCAACAUGCUGCGAGACUGGGUAGGAGACGGCACAGAGGCUCCCACCGGCUCCAACCUCUACUGGCACCGCAUCGUAGAGACCUUCAAGUACGCGUACGCAAAGCGAACCGGCCUCGGCGACCCUUCACGCUUUAACGUCACCCAUGAUAUUCGGGAAUUGGAACGCAAUCUCUCAGACCCGGGGUGGGCGCACUCGUUCCGGGACCUAGUCAAUGAUGACAGGACGUAUUCGGACUGGGAACACUACGGCGCUCUGUUCGAAGGCGCUGACGACCACGGCACAGCUCAUAUCGUCGUCGUAGCCCCAGAUGGCAGUGUCGUCUCGGCUACUAGCACCAUUAAUUAUAUCUGGGGCAGUCAAAGACGAUCGCAAAGCUUGGGUAUCAUGUUGAACAACGAGAUGGAUGACUUUGCGAUUCCCCACGUGGAAUCUGCAUACGGCUUGCCAGCUUCUCCUGCAAACAUGCUGUCGCCUGGACUGCAACCUCUGAGCUCCAUGGUUCCCAGUAUUGUGAUGUCGAGGAACGGCAGAGUUGACUUAGUCCUAGGAGCCGCUGGAGGCACCAAAAUUACCACACAAGUCGCACUGAUGGCCCGGCAUACAAUAUUAGAAGGUAGUGAACUUCCAGACGCUAUUCAAAGGCCGCGUCUUCAUCAUCAGCUUCUGCCUAUGGAAGUGCAGCAUGAGGCAGACUUUAAUCCUGCAAUUAUCGAGUCACUCCAAAAGAAAGGGCAUGCGACUACAGAACUGGGACCUACAGCUGGAUUCGCUGCAAUGGUGGCCGCUGCCAGAGACGCUUACGGCUAUUUAAUACCACAAACCGACCACAGACGAGUUGGCAGCAUCGACGGAUUCUAAAUUUGAAAUGUUAAUUCAAAGUGACUGAUAAUAGUGUUACACUUUACAGUGAGGUGUGAUCAAUGUAGAUCGUAUUUUUUUUUUAUUCGACAACCUCAAUUUCUUGUCAUAGUCUUUCGUUGCGACUUACAACUCACUCAUUAUAAUUCGUAACGGCAAUCAAUGAUUUGAAUCACGAAGAUUCAAAAUUGUCCGGUAUUUAUUUGUAACAAGAACGGACCGUGAAAACUUAAAUACUUAAAUAGAAGCUUAAUUAGGUAUAGACCAUAAUGUCAUCUAUCGUUGUUAUGUAGUAGGUGUUAUACUUAAUAAUAUGUAUGUAUAAAUUUAAUGUAUUAUAUACUAUGCACCUACUAAGUGCUAACGUACGUAAUGUGCCUAUGUAUCUACCUACAUAAGAUCUUUCUCAUCAUGGAAACCUCUACUUCUACUAGUUACUUUUUGUUAAAUUUCUUUGGAUAUGAUCCAAGUGGAAAUCGAUUGUGAUAUUAUGUUUUAUGAUGGUGAAUUUCUGGUUUUAAGUAUUAUUUUGUUAUAGAAAUGUAUUUAAGUUGCUGUGAUGUUUAUGUAUUGUUAUUCGUGAAAUAAAUGGUUUUGAUGGUACAAGUAUCUAUG